UUCUCACCUCUUUGAACGUAUAAAGAGUAUAGUAUAGAUUGCACAAAAAAUCCCAUAGUUUUAAGCUUGUGGCCCCCCCAAAUAUUAAACUCUACCUCCGCCACUAAUUCGAAGGAAAGAAAAAAGUGGUUCUGGUAAAUUACAUAUAUGCAAUUUGUGAUAUUUCCAAUUAAAAAGACCAAGGAACUCCAAGUCAAUUUGCUAAUCACUCUGGAUGCUACUGCCCUGCCCCUCUGUUCAAGUCAACAUCAUAUGUGUGGAAACCGAAGGUAAGGUAGACCGAAAGUAGUAGGACUUUGUCGUAUUUACUUAGCUUGAAAUUCAGGCACGUUGAAGGUACCAGGAAACUGCUUCUCAAGUAUCUGUGGUGCCCAGCAAGAGGCCGCCCAUAUAUAUAACUUGAGAAGCUCUUUGGCCGCCUGACCACGAUUCGUAACUCUUUUCCCCUGUUGUACCUUAUCCGACACCCAUCAAAUAUUAUGGCUUUAAUCACCAGUGAAUCAGUAUCCCCUUCCUCUUCUUCUUCCACCAAUUCUUGGAGAAAUGAUGUCUUUAUCAGUUAUAGAUCUGCAGAUACACGCUACAAUUUUACAGACCACUUGUACAGCAAUUUGCAACAGAAGGGAAUUAAAACCUUCAUGGAUACUGACUAUAAGAGAGGGGAACAAAUGUCACCAGCACUUUUCGAAGAAAUUGAAGGGUCGAAGAUUUCUAUCAUCGUAUUCUCCGAAAACUAUGGAUCCUCGCCCUGGUGCUUGGAUGAACUCGUCCAUAUCCUUGAUUGUAAAAGAUCAAAGCAACAGAUGGUUAUGCCAAUUUUUUACAAAGUGAAACCCUCGCAUGUGAGAAAGCAAUUGGGCACUUUUGGUAAAGCAUUUGUCGACCAUGAACGCAUAUUCAUUAAUGGCAUGGAGGAGGUGAUGACAUGGAGGGAUGCUCUUACGGAAGCAGCAGAUUUGCACGGGUGGAUUUUAGAGGAUGGGUAUAUUUCUAACCACUUAAUUACUAUAGCUAUAUAUUUGAGGCCGGUUAUCUUAACUUUUUACUUCUUUUUUUGGUUGGAAUAUCUUUAUUUAUUUAUUUAUUUUACUUAUUCCCCAUUCUCCCAUUCCCUUUCUGUUUUUUCACCCACAGAAGACGCUCUCUACCCCUCUCUCUCUAU